GUGCCCUUUGUACUGUCCGACGCCGCCAACUGCGCCGCUCCUGCGUUUCCAGUCCUAACCAUCUUCUUCCCAUUAACUUCACCUCCGGUUAGUCAAGAAAGCCAUCGACACGAACCAGCACCGUCCAAACCCAGGUUUUAUGAAAAAUCUGUUAAGAGCAGGAAUUAGAUCACGAGACAUGAUAUGACUACCUUCAUUAGAGAAAAGUUACAAAAAGGCUUCUUUGAGGUGCCAUUUGACAACAUUGACUGGUCAUAACUCAUAAGUCCCAAAUCCCAAGUUUGGCGCAUGUUCAUUCCGUCCCAUUUUGUUGGAAAAUCUGUAGGAAGACUAACUAAGAAAGAAUGCAUACAAUACCUGAAGAACUGCAAGUCCAUGGUUGGGCUACAGCAAAUACAUUCGCAGAUCAUCAAAAUCGGAUUCCAUCAGGACAUAGAUGCUCUAGACAAGCUCAUCGUGUUCUGUGCAGAUACAUCUCUAGGAAAUCUGCCAUACGCUGAAAGAAUCUUCAAUUAUGCUGAAUACCCAUCUUUGUUCAUCUACAAUGUGAUGAUCAAAGCAUAUGCUAAAAAUAGCAGCUAUAGAAAAUCCAUUCUUCUGUUCGAUGAACUAAGAAUAGAGGGUCUAUGGCCAGACAAUUUCACGUACCCAUUCGUUCUGAAGUCCGUUGCACAAAUCUCCAAUGUUUCGUUAGGAAAGAAGAUUCACGGGUUUGCUGUGAAAACAGGAGCCGAGUUUGACUGUUACGUCUGUAACUCGCUAAUGGACAUGUAUUCUGAACUCGGCCAAUUAGAGUAUGUCCAAAAGCUGUUCGACGGAAUGCCAAACAGAGACGUGGUUUCCUGGAAUGUACUGAUUUCUGGUUACGUUAAGUGUCGUAAAUUCGAGGAAGCUGUGAAUGUUUUUUAUCGAAUGAGAUCUGAAAACGCUAUUAAACCCGAUGAAGCUACUGUAGUGAGUACCCUUUCUGCCUGCACGAAUCUGAAAAGAUUGGACCUAGGUGAGGAAAUCCAUAGUAUUGUUAGGGAUGAAUUCGAACUCGGGUUCACCCCUAUAAUUAGCAAUGCUCUAUUGGACAUGUACUCUAAAUGCGGGCAUUUGAGUAUUGCACGUCAGAUGUUCGACGAAAUGCCAGUAAAGAAUGUCAUAUGUUGGACGGCUAUGGUUUCUGGGUAUGUCGGAUCCGGGAAACUCGACAAAGCGAGAAGUUUGUUUGAAAGAAGUCCGAGUAAAGAUGUUAUUCUAUGGACAACUAUGAUCAAUGGAUAUGUGCAGUUUAAUCAGUUUGACGAAGCGAUUGCCUUAUUUCAUCGUAUGCAAAUUCAACGGGUCAAGCCAGAUAAGUUCACAUUGGUUGCUAUCCUAACGGGUUGCGCCCAAUCGGGGGCUUUGGAGCAAGGGAGAUGGAUCCAUGGAUAUAUCGAGGUAAACCGAAUAAAAUUGGAUGCCAUCAUUGGCACCGCUCUAAUCGAUAUGUACGCAAAAUGCGGUUGCGUAGUUAAAUCCCUAGAGAUUUUUAAUCGAAUGAAUCGCCACGAGAAAGAUACAGCCUCGUGGACUUCGAUCAUUUGCGGGUUAGCCUUGAACGGUCAAACCGACAAAGCAUUGGUCCUGUUCUCGGAAAUGAAACGAGAUGGGUUCAGACCCGACGAUAUCACAUUCAUCGGAGUUUUAACCGCGUGUAGCCAUGGAGGAUUGGUAAACGAAGGAUUAAUCCACUUUGAAUCGAUGAAGAGAAAUUAUCAAAUCGAACCGAAGUUAGAGCAUUACGGGUGUGUGAUCGAUCUCCUUGGUCGUUCUGGGCGGUUGGAUGAAGCCGAGGAAAUGAUCGAGAGAGCACCCAAUGAAGAUAUUGAAAUUGUGAUUCCACUUUACGGGGCUUUGCUUAGUGCAUGUAGAACGUAUGGAAAUGUUAAAAUGGGGGAGCGAAUGGGAAAGAAGUUAGCUGAAAUUGAAACAAAGGAUUCCAGCGUUCAUACACUUUUAGCUAAUAUUUAUGCAUCUGCUAAUAGAUGGGCGGAUGUGACUAAGGUGAGGAGGAGAAUGAGAGAUGCUGGAGUGAAGAAAGAGCCUGGAUGUAGUUCGAUUGAAAUCGAUGGUAACAUUCAUGAGUUUUUGGUACGCGAUACUUCUCAUUCGGAAAUUCAAGAUGUUCAUUCUAUGUUGCAUAGUAUCACUAAAGUGGUUACGGAUUUAGGAGAGCUCCAAUUCGAAGAGGAUAUCUAAGCCUGGUAUGCGAAUUGAAAUGAUGAUAUAUGGUUGGUUUUCUAGCAUAUGAGAAGGUGUGGUCGAAUUGAAUUUGAGGCCUUACAAACUAUACGACUUCAAGUCAAUGAAAUCGGAAAAGAGCCUCUUAUAUGGGUUGCUUUGAUAUCGGAAAAGAGCCUCUUAUAUGG